GCCACCCGGCUGGAAGAAGUAGCAGGAAUCCGAGCGAAGUUCCCGACAAAAAUCCCGGUAAUUGUUGAGAGAUACCAUAAAGAGAAGUACCUUCCUCUCUUGGACAAAACCAAGUUUCUUGUUCCCGAGGAGCUGACCAUGACGCAGUUCAUAACCAUCAUCAGAAGCAGGAUGGCUCUAACUGCUACACAAGCUUUCUACCUGCUGGUGAACAACAAAAGCCUAGCCAGUAUGUCCUUGACAAUGGCAGAAGUGUAUAGGAACUACAAAGAUGAAGAUGGCUUUGUGUAUAUGACAUAUGCUUCCCAGGAGAUGUUUGGAUGCUUUAUGCCCACUGCUCAAGGGGAAACUAUGGAAUGCCUUCACAAAACUUAAGGUUGGGUCCAUGUGCUGCAGUGAAGCAGUUUGCUAUGAAUCAUGCCUGUGACAUGAACCUUGGAGAUGCUCCUUCCAAUAUGAGCUCUUGAGCUGUGUAGUGGGGAGUUAUGACCCAAAAGCUGGCAGGACCAUCUUAAGGCAGAAAUGGUGGUACACUUUUCCUAGAUAAUGCUUUGGAUAUAUAUUUUUAUAUUUGAAGACACUGUGGGGUUUUUUGGAACUGCACCUCCGCUUUUUUGCAAUAUCAGUCUUUGUUAUGUAACUGAUUUUUUUUAAGAUGU